AAUAACAAUGCAUAAUGCAUUUUUCGAUAGGCGCCUUCGAUACAAAAUGGCGGCAUACAUAGAACAUUGUUUAACGUCAACGCUAUCGUUAUAUUUGUUAAAUGCGUAACUGUUAAACAUUUGUAGAUUGACAGUAAGCAAUUUUGGAAUCUAUUGGGCUUUCAAGAGUUGUUUAAGGAAGUAGUGUUGGAUAAUCUAACCUAGUAUAACUCUAGUAAACAUAUAUAUGGUGCCACUUUAAUAAUGUUGUCUGUACUUUAAAGUUUUUAUAUUGCAAAUACGUGUGUAUUUCACAUCGAUACGUUAACAAAGAAGUACUUCAAAUUAUAAUUUGAGAAAAUGCAUACAUCUGGAGACUUUAAACUUCAUGGUGGUGACAGUGCGUUUGCAAAUAGACAAAAGCUUCUGUUUGAUAAGCUGUCAGAUGCAGAGCAGGAGUGCAACAAGAAUAAAAUGACGACUGAGUCCACAGAUGUAGACAUGGCUAUUGAUGAGUCAAACAAAACUAAAAGUAUAAGAACUGGCCUGCAACGUAAAAAUGAAACAAAAAGAUUUCGUGGUAAAGAGAGUAUUUUCAAACGACCAGAAGGUCCAGCACCACGUGCUGUUAAUAGAAGUGUACCUGACUAUCACAAGCAUCCUCAUAAAUGGAUGAAAUAUAGUUUGGAUGAUGUAUCUAAUGAUGAUAUGACGGAACAAAGCAAUACAACAGCUGCUUUAUCAUUUUUAAACGAAUUGAAAGCAAGAAGGUCAAUGGAACAGAUCGAAGGAACAGAAGAGAUGGACUACGAUGAAAUUUCUAUGAUUGAUCAGAGUCAUGAUCAGACUAAGGUAGCAUGUAAAUCUAAGAAAGUUCAAGCAAGAAAGUCAGUGGAAGCAGAAGAGAUGGAUGUAGAUAAUACAACCUUGGAUGAACACAAUGAAACUAAGACAGUAAUCAAACCCAGGAAAAUUAAAGCAACAUCAGAGAUUGAAUUUAAAAAACCUGAAAGUGACACAGAGAAAACAGAGAACGCACCAAUUAUUAUCGAUCACGACGACAAACCUACAUUUAGGAGUAGUAAAGUUAUUAUGCCAGAAUAUAUUGUUGGUCAAAAACAAAAGAAGAAGAAGAGAAACAAGAAGGAGAAACUUGUAGAAAAAGUGGAUCGUUUAAAGCAACUGAAAUUGGAUCACUUGGAAGAACUCGAUGAAGAAGAAAAUUGAAUAUAUGCUCCAUAUUGUGAAUAUACUAUUAGCUUAGUUAAUUGCUCUACGAUACAAAUAUAUCAUAUAUUUCAUUCUAUUGAUUAAUGUACUUCGUAUAUAGCAGCAAUAAAAUACUACACAUCGCUAUAAAUAUUUCUACAUUAAAUUGAUAAGACAAUCAGCAUAGAUAUUUCUAAAGUUCGGAAAAUUUAAAUAAAACCGCUUCAACAUUUCUUUCCGGAAAUUAUGCGAUUGCGCAGACAUAUCGCAGGGUAUGAAUGUUUCCUGUUGGCUUUAGUCGCUGCUUUUCAAAAGUUUUUAGUUCGCUUCUACUAUUUUCAACGAUCCGUCCUCGCGAUAAUGAUUGGUGAACGAGACAUAAGGCGUUGAACUUUGGCUGCAUUCAGGGGUGCAGGAACAACGGGGGCUAAUUUACGGACGGAAUUGGGUGACGGGAUCGAGGAACCGGGACUUGUACGCGGAAGAUCGAUGUUAGGGGAUGUAACGUGAACCAGGAACGGGAAGAUCGUUUCGGAGAAAACAAGAAGCAAAUAGUAAAAUAAACAUCCCAGAUAUAAAUGAUUACUAAAUAAAAUAAAUAAAUUUCGAAGCCCUCAAAAGUAGUAGCAACGAAAAUACGACAUAAUUUUCAGCUUAAACCAAGCGAACAUUUCUACAAAAUUUUCUUUCAUUAUUGUCAGUAAUAGAAAAAUCGAGAACACAAUUGGACGAGUGUUUGGACCAAUUGUGAAUGCUAAAACGAACUCCGCUCGUCGAAAUAACAUUCACGCGGCGAGCUAUAUUUCACCUAACGACGCCUUCCUGACGGAAUUAAUUAGAGCGUUCCACGCUGCGUGGAAAAACGAAAAACAACAACAAACAAAAAAAAAAAAAACACCGGGGAUAGACCAAAACGAAAGGAGGAAGAAACAAUUGGAAUUCCUGGCUGAAGCGGGACGUUAAAGCGUACGCAGGGGGGCUUUUUAGUCGCAGCACACGACGAGACAAAGCAGGAGCCAUCGGGAGAGGACUGAUUAAUGAGAGACGUGCGUGCGGGGAACGUUGACAAUUAUGCGACUCGCGAUACACACGCUGCCCACGCGUCGACUUCGUUCUCAAUGGAGGCGCGUGUUAUUUUCCUGGGAGAAAAUAAUCGUGAGAUUCGCGUACUAGACGUCCUGUGAUGGUCUUUCAUUCAUUCACAAAUGCGCUGACCACGCCAUUCUUACAGAAAUGAAUGAUCUCGCAAGAAGCAUGUGAUUAGAAAACAGCCUAUCUGAUUCAAAUUCUGAAUAAAAAGAAUCUUUCUGUGAUUAGGUACAUAUGAAAAAAUGAAAAUUGUAUUUGUAUUCCUAAUCAAGACAAGCAUUUUUGUACAUAUUAGUGAUUUCUUUUUAUGAUUAUUAUUAUUGUUAUUUUUUUGUUUAUUUUUAUGCGAAUAUGUAAGCACAAGAUCCAAAAUAUAUGAUACUAUUAGAUACAUAUGUAUAUGCUCUACAGUUGACUUUUGUAGGAAGAGACGUUUAAAUUCGUUAUUUUAUAUGUAUAUCUCAUUUCUUAUAAAUAUUAAAUGGAUAUACAGUUUGUUUAAUAUUUACCAGAAUAUCAAACUGUACAAAAGUCAUUUAUAAUUAUUUUUACGUUUAAGCACUAACAAUUACAGGAAGUGUAUAUUCUUAUUGCAGGAUUUUUCAUCAUUCUUUUCCCUUCUUUUAUUUUUCGUAUCUCGAAUUUUGAACUGAAAAAUCAGAAAAAAUUCUGAAACAUGCGUCGAAAUAACUGCAAUGUCUCUGAUUUUUCUCAAAAUUUUUCAUGGGAUAGGACGAGAGAAAUCGAUUAAUAAAUAAAAUCGAUUGUUUAAGGACUCGAAACUUGGCGAAGAAUAGUCUUUUUCGAUAACCCAUGGAAUGCACCAUCGCAAAUUAUCCUCACCUUCGGGAAUUAACUCGAAUCGCUGUCGAACGAUGUCACAGUCACGUCGAAUGUUUAAUUCACAUCAAACCACCAUCAGUAUUCAAUCGUGUCCGAAGUUCAUUUUCAUAACGUUUGCCCGACGCAAACAUCGAGCAAACAUCCACUCGCAAUCUAUGAAACAGGAUCAAGUCAGACUCGGGACAAUAUAGUCCUCGGAAUGAUGCCAGACAGGGAAUAAUUUAAAUACACGAAGGGAUGUUCGGUUAGGACUCGAAGCUGGUUGCACCUUCUGUUCGUGGAAGGAGGGAUAGGGAUGAGAAUCCGAGAUUAUACGGAAUAAAGGGGAUGCUAUCAUCGAGAAUUUCGGCCGUCGGAAUGAACGGAGUUCACGAGAAUUUACAUAAUUCAAUUCUCAUCCGACGGAAGCUCGAAUUGACGAUCUUAUCGGGGCAGUUCCUCGGCUGAGGCUGUCGCCUUAAAGUGGCUAGCCAAGUAUUAUCUAUUCGUCUCAGGCGCGACCGAGUCUCGUGAAAAUCUUCCUGCUGAAGAUUAUGGUUUUCAAUUAAACGAGAACCGAUUACCACGAAAUUCAUAACUAAUUUCGUUGGUACAGAUAUCGCCGUUAUUAUCUCCUCUUCGAGUUGUGAAAGUAGUACUUAAUUUUAUUUCAGCGAGUAUUAGUUAUUAAUUAAGAUAUAGAUAACUUGCCUGAUUCAUUUGCAGGUAUCAGUGUUUUGGAUUAUCUCUGUUUCGUUUGAACUUUUUUUUUUUGCUUAACUUGGAGUGGUUAAAAUGUUUUUAUAAAAGUCAUUUGGUAUAAGCGAAGUAGCAAGGGAAAAACAAAUUAAUUUGUUAAAAGGGAGCCUUAUAUAUUUUUAUUCAUAAAAAUUCCAUUAUAAUUGUACAUUCUCAAACUCCAAUUUAAGGCUUUAUAUUAUAAUAAAUAAUGAUGUAUUAUAGGUCCAUGAAUUCGUCUAAACAAAUGCUGUUAUAUUAUCGAUAAAAAUAUAUAGUCCUGCUUGAAAAAAUUAAUUUGUUUCUCAAAUCUACCUCACUACUUUCCUUACAACAAAAUUAUUUAUUACUAGACUGCGGACCUUUAUGCAAAAUAAAAUUUUCGUCAACGUGCCUGCAAAAAUUGAACCCAAAUAGGAAUUUAUUUUAUUCUACAAAUGUUAUAACAUGAACUUUACUUUCAAUCACUUUUAUAUUCUUGUAUAUUGUUUGUAUUUUGUAGGUUCUUGCACAUUCAAAUUUUCUAUAAAUGCAUAAAGAUCCCCAGUCUAUUUAUUACACACAAUUUGCCCCUUUGUACGAAAUAAUUUUUAUAAAAAAAUUUGUUCGAUAGGUUCAUCCUGAAUCAUCAUCUAAAUAUUAUUCAACCAUUUCGAUUUAAACGAACCACCCUUUAUUCCAGGCUUAAAAUAAAAAAAAAGUGACCGAAACAACUCAUCUUUUGAAUAAAUCGAUUCCUUUAUCUACCGUUUCGCAAAUAAAAAUUUUCAUUAUCUUUAAAUCAUUAACAAAAA